AAAGAGCAUGUCAGUUUGAAAGUCGUUCGGGUUAUUCGAUCAUAUUUCUAACAAUAACAAUCCAAAUCAGAAAACUCAGCUUCGUAUGAAAAAAAUAUUAAUGCAUUAAUGGUUUGUUUGUGAUAAUCAAUGACAGAAUACAGAGUUAGGGUCAAAAUCGCACAAUAUUAAACCGGUUCCAUGGUGUCAAGCCAACACAUAAGUUGCGAUUGCUAUAAUCCAUAAACAAGUGCGCAUUUGAUAUUUUAUUUCAAGGGAAAAUCGCCCUUACUUCCAAUCAUCAAAGAAGGAAAAAAGUGACUGAAUUUACGAGGAGUUUGUCACGUAGUCAACUGCUUACUGUAUCGUAUGCCAGAAAUUCAAAUAAACACCCUUCAAGUACCUACUUAAACAAUCCUUUUUCUAAAUGCAAAUUUCGAAAGUGCAUUUUAAAAAUAACAACAUUAUGUUCUAAAUCAAGUUGUUUGUUUAUCGCCGUCGUAAAUAAUAGUUGACAAUCGCAAAAUAUAUUGUUAGUUACUUAAAUCAUGUGAUUUCAUGUCAUGAGUCAAAGUCAGAGAGAUUCCAUCAUUCAUCUAGUCGCAGGGGGUGUUGCCGGAACGACCGGCGCCAUCGUGACCUGCCCCCUGGAAGUGGUGAAGACCCGCCUGCAGUCCUCCAAAAGCGGCUUCGUGUGCCCCCCCGUGCCCGGCGAGAGCCCCGUGCCUCGCACCACGUGCCGCACCGUUCCCCCCCAGCGGCGCCGCCUAUGGACCACGUGCCACAACGGGCGGCCGCAGGUGGUUGCCCUUUCCGGGUGCACUUCGGUGCCCGGGCAGUCGUUGAGUAUUGUGCAGUGUCUGAGGCAUAUCGUGAGGCAUGAGGGGCCCAUGGCGCUGUUCAAAGGUCUGGGUCCCAACCUGGUGGGCGUGGCCCCAUCGCGGGCAGUCUACUUCUGCACCUACUCGCAGGCGAAGCUGUUCUGGAACGGGCUGCUGCCGCCUGAUUCGCCCGUGGUGCAUGUGUGCUCAGCUUCGUGCGCCGGCUUCGCUGCCAGCACAUUGACCAAUCCCAUCUGGUUCGUGAAGACGAGGCUGCAGCUGGACGUGAACGGGCAAAGCGGUGAUACGGCGAUGCAAGUGGUGCGCAGGAUAUACGCGCAGUCGCUUCCCAUGAUCUACAAAGCGCAGAUACGGCCAGUUUUAGAAUACUGUUCCCAUGUAUGGGGUUCAGCACCCAAACAUACGCUGAUGCUCUUAGAUUCCAUCCAGAGAAGAGCCAUUCGCCUGGAGGGUGAUGCCACACUCACCAACUCUUUGACCCCAUUAGAAGACCAAAGAAAAGUCGGCGACCCUUUACUAUCCAUUAGAUACUUCCACGGGAAAUGUUCCUCAGAAAUCCCUGCUAAAAUUCCAUCACUAGCAAUACCAGGCUUCCUGGGCUUCUACAAAGGCAUAACCGCCUCUUACAUGGGCAUAACCGAGACGAUAGUCCACUUCGUAAUAUACGAGGCGAUCAAAGCGGAGCUGAUGGCGCACCGAUCGCACGUUAGCGACGAAAAGAGCUCAAAGGACUUCUUGGAGUUCAUGAUGGCGGGCGCCAUUUCCAAGACAGUUGCUUCUUGCAUCGCUUAUCCCCACGAAGUGGCCAGAACGCGCUUGAGGGAGGAGGGAAACAAGUACACGGGGUUUUGGCAAUCGUUGGGGUUGGUUUUCAAAGAGGAGGGCGUUCGAGGGAUAUACAGGGGGUUGACGACGCAGUUGGUCCGGCAGAUUCCUAAUACGGCGAUCAUGAUGUCCACAUAUGAGGCUGUCGUUUAUAUUUUGACGACUAGGUUCAAUACGGAGUUUUAUGGAAAAGAGGAGGAACAGUAGAGUUUGGUUGUUUUUUUUUGAGUAGGGAUCGCUUCGGAGCCCAUAGUGGAAACUUAAGUGUUCUUUAGCAUACAAAUUACUAUCGGCGGUGAUAUUUGAGUUACAUCCCUGGAGUUUUUGUAAGUCUGUAUUAUACAAACAAUAUAAAUAUUUAUAUAUAUAUAUGAGAUAAUUAUUGAAUUAUUGCUACGCAGGGUGUCGCUUGUUUUCUGUUAUUACUCGAGCUGAUGUUAACGGAACUGAAAAUUUGAUAUAUUAUAGAAAAAUAAAGAUUUAUUGAUAC